AGAAAGUACCCGCCUCGAUCCAAGCGCUUGGAAUUUCUCUCUUCCUUCUCCAUCGAUUCAAAGCCAAGAUUUCGAAUCAGUUUCCCUUCCCAACCCAUUUCAGAUCCCUUGUGAAUCCAUCUUCUUUCUCUCUCUUCCAAUCGGUCUAUUACUUUCUCUAUCUUCCCAUCUCCGUGAAUUUCACACACCUUUCUCCCCACUGGUAAUUCAUCUCCCUCUUCUCUCUCUCUUCCGGUCUCUUUUUUGGGUUUCUUUCUAUUGAUUUCUCUGAUAAUUUCGUACACAUUUCUGAACUCCAUUAAGGAUUUGAGUACCCCAAUUAUGGCAUUAACGCAAGAACCAGAGUCGAUUUACUCUUUGAGAGCCACUCCAAAUGCUACUUUAAUCCAAUUCUCCUUUAUCCCUUUUCCAUUUUCUUCUUAAAUUUCAAACCACUUCGCUCUCACUGGACCCAUUCACAUCCUCCAACAACCCAUCUCUCUCUCUCUCUAAAACCCAUUUGCUCUCCCUCUCUCUCACUCUCUCUCUAUAAUGGAUUUCCCCAACCUUCAGUCUCGUUUAUCAGUACCUUACAUCCCACCUCACAAAACCCAAGUCCAUCCUCGAAUGCACGCUUUCUCUAGCUUGCCCCCACCAAAUGCAAGGCCUCCAAAUUACCUAUAUGUCUCCUCCAAGAUCUGGUGGGUCAUUCUCUCUGUAAUGAUUUUCUUCUCUCUCUUCUUCUAUGUUUUAGCCAUAGCCAGAGGGAUCUAUUUCUCAUCGAAUUACCACACCCCCAAUACCAAAAGCUAUGGCCUCAUCAUUGAUGCAGGCUACAAAGAGGCUCGAAUCCAUGUCUUGGAGUUCUUUGUGGAUGGGAGAUUCCCUUUUAUGGGGUUCGAAGGAAAACAUUCAAAUUCUUUUGCAGUGAAGCCUGGGUUAUCAGCUUUUGAGCGUAAUCCUAAAAUUAUGGGGAAUUCAAUCGAUGGGCUUUUGGAAUUCGCAAGGAAAAUGGUUCCAAAGAAGGUUUGGGGUGUUACCAAGGUUCAGUUGAUAGCUCAUGGAGGGCUUCGAUGGCUAGGAAGUGACAGUGGUGAACUCAUAUUGGAAUCCUGCAGGACUAAGUUGAGAUCAUCAGGGUUCCAGUUUCAAGACGAGUGGGUCUCCUUUUUAACUGGCCCUGAUGAAGGUCUUUAUACUUGGGUUGCUGCAAACUAUGCUCUCGGAACCUUGGGAGGGGAUCCUCAGAGGACCACAGGGAUAAUUAAACUUGGAGAAGAUUCUACUGAGGUCACUUUUGUUCCGAGGGAACCAAUUCCAUUGGAGUUUUCUCGAACGGUGAAAGUGUCAGGAGUCACAUAUAAUCUUUACAGCCACAGCUUGCUUCAAUUUGGUCAGGAUGCAGCUUGGAAUUCACAUUUUAGUGGAAGAAGAAACUUAUCUUUACAUCAUGGUCAUGCAGAUGGAGUCGCACUUGACCCCUGCAUUCCAAGAGGUUAUACCAAGAGUUCAAAGCUUCUGGGUAAUCGAGAAGCUGUAGUGGAUUUGGAGUUUGCAGUUUUGCACUCAGCUGGGAACUUUUCAGCCUGUAGAUCUGAAGUUUUGGCAUUAUUCCAAAAAGAGCAAGGCGACUGCUCAUACCCGCAUUGCAAGAUAGGAUCUGCUUUUGUUCCUGAAUUGCAGGGCAACUUUUUUGCAACCGAGAAAUUCUUCCACACUCCAAGGUUUUUUGGGCUGCACCCAAGGGCACCUCUCUCCGAUUUCAAGAUGGCUGGUGAACUUUAUUGUGGGAACGAUUGGUCCAAACUCAAGGAGAAAAACAUUGAAGAAGAUGAGGAAGAUUUGUUGAAAUAUUGUUUUUCUUCUGCCUAUAUUGUGGCACUCUUACAUGAUGCGCUUGGAGUCUCUAUGGAUGAUCAAAGGAUAAGAUUUAUGAAUCAAGUGGGCAAUGUCCCCCUUGACUGGAGAUUGGGAGCCUUCAUUCUACAGUCAAUCUUAGAGCCUGACCUCCCACAGGAAAAGCCAGUGUGGAUUCUUGGGAAGGAUUUUCUCACCUUCUUCUCUCUCUUUGCCAUUUUUGUCCUUGUGAUUGUAAUUGCCUUCUCUCUAUGGAAAUGGAACAAACCCCAAGUGAAGACAAUUUACGAUUUGGAAAAAGGGCAUUACAUUAUCACGAGGAUUCCUCGGUGAUCAUCGCAUCAGUCUGUACAAUUCUCAGAGUGGUGUAUUUGUAACCUAGCAUUUGAAACUAGUGAGAAAUGUUUUUGGAAAGUUA